UCUCCGUGCUCCCGUCAAUAACAUGGGCGACUGUCGAAUGUCGACCCCGCGCACGACAUCGUGUAUUCGAUCUAUUUAUUCUGGUUGAUUGCGACUGUGCGUCAGUUGACAGUUUACGGCAGAUAAUAUCAUUAAAAACCUUGACAGCAUUGUAUCAAUAGUUUAAAUUAAAUUUAAAUUAAAACGCCAUUGCAUCCUUUUUCACUGACAUCUAUUGCAUUCAUAAAGAAUUCAAAAUGUCUUUGUAUCCGACACUAGAAGAUAUGAAAGUAGAUCAUAUGAUGAAGGCUCAGAUACAAGCCGAGUCACAAUAUGUUGCCUCGAUCGAAUCCACGACUCCCUCGGCUCCAACUUAUGUUCCUUCUGCACCGAAUAUACUGUAUCCAUCCUUGGGAGAUUACAUGGGUCUCGAGUUGAAUGAAGAGACCAUUGCGCAAAAUAUGCCCGAAUAUGCGCUCACUACACGCCAGAAUGCGAAUGAUGUAGCUCUCACUUCAACGGACAUAACAUGUGGCCCAUUAGCAGGGAUGAUCGCUCCUUUGUCAGGACAAUCCAGGGCUUUGCAAAAAGCUCAAGUAACAAAUGGUAUCAGAGAGUUGACACUUUGUAAGGAUGGUGAUGGAAAAGUUGGCGUUAGGGUACAUACGAUAAAUAAUGGAGUUUUUGUGUGUCUCGUGAGUCAAGAUUCUCCAGCAGCAAUGGCUGGAUUACGUUUCGGUGACCAAAUUUUGAGCAUCAAUGAUGUCUGCGUUGCUGGAUAUUCAAUGGAUCAAGUACACAAACUUCUCCGUAACGCGAACGUCAAUGGGAUCAAAGUGGUCGUGCGUGAUAGACCAUUUGAGCGUACUGUAACAAUGCACAAAGACAGUAUGGGUUAUGUCGGAUUUCAAUUUAAGAAUGGAAAAAUAAUUGCUCUAGUGAAAGAUUCGUCAGCUACGCGAAAUGGACUUUUAACUGAUCAUCAAAUACUCGAGAUUAACGGAAAGAACGUAAUCGGGAUGAAGGAUAAAGAUAUCACAUCAGAGAUUGAAAAAGGUGGAGACAUCAUCACCGUAACGAUAAUACCAUCGUACAUUUAUGAUCACAUGGUGAAAAAGAUGUCAAACAGCUUGUUGAAAAAUUUAAUGGAUCAUUCUGCGCUGGAUCUUUAAAUUGAAAUAAAUUGUCUCAGUUUCAUUUAUGUCAUACAACUGCCAUUGGGCAUGUGCAUUAUCCUCCGUAGCUUAAUUACAAAAAAGUAACGAAUAUGCUACAUAUCGUAUGCCAUAAGUAUAUUUACAAGAUGCCAAUCUUAUUCCCAUAGCAAGCGUAUAUGUGAUACCCGUUUAGAAAUAGCCUACAUUACAUGUGUUGAAAUGUGUAUUUCAACACACCAAUUGGCUAAAAAUUACUAAAAGAUAUUUAUCAGAGAUUAUUUUUUUAUACAGAAGUACAUCUAAACUUCCAAAAAAUAUGGAGAUCUAAAUAUUCAACUCCAAUCGUAUGGAGAAAGUAUAGGCAGUUACAUUUAUUCUAAUAUGACCAAUUAUAUUUGCACUAUAAGAUGAUACAUGUUAUAUCUUUUGUUAUACAAAUUUUUUCCAUAUAUCGAUUGAGCCAAUUAUCUCGCAGUUAUAUCAAUAUGAUAUAUGACUUUAUCUUUUUCCCGUUAUUGAAAAUCUUUUAUAUUUUAAUUUUUUCCACAGGAAUAAAAUGAUAAAAAUUCAUUGACAUUUCUAAUAUGAUUAUUGUUUAUACUACAAAUUUUUUAAAUGUAAUAAAUUAUUUUAAAUUUUUAUGUAUGUAUAAUAAAACACAUUUUUAACAUUUUAAAAGAAAAUUUUGUAAUGAAUAUACUUUCGUUCCAACGAGCUGUAACGUUUUUCUGAGUAAGAAUUGUAAGAAAUCGUACCGUGUAAAUAUCAAUGGUUAUUACGAUUAAUAGACAAGCAUUAAUUAUUUUUAAUUAUCCUUUAAAUAUCUUCUACGAUAAAUUAUCUAUUUUAUAUUGUACAACAGCACAUCAUUUAUUUGAAAUUUCUGGACUGCCGUAUUUAUCACAAUGAUAGAAACAUGAUAUAAAAAUGUUUAAGAAACAAGAAAUAAUGUACGUAAAUACCAAUCUUUCUCACAUACUUUUCGAUAUCUUUAAUCAAAGAUAAUAAACGUAGAUCUUUAGCAUACUUUUUUUAAUUGAUUCUUUAGGGAAAAGUAGAUCAAUAUUUUACUUUUCCAUUAUUUGUAAAAUAUUUCAUCAACUUCUUCACUAUUCUUAGAAACUAUUAGUGCUAUUUCUUUUUUAAUAAGAAAAAUAAAAAGAUAUUAGAUUUGAUAUUAGAUGACAAUUGUUCUUAUAUUUGAAAAAUAAAACUGUAAUCAGAUAAAUAAUAGGUAAAUUUUCUAUUGCAUUCCAUGCAUUUUAUUUGAAAAACAAUUGUAAUAGUGUCAAUGUUAUUUUAAAUAAAACAAAAUAUUUCAUCAACUUCUUCACUAUUCUUAAAAACUAUUAGUGCUAUUUCUUUUUUAAUAAGAAAAAUAAAAAGAUAUUAGAUUUGAUAUUAGAUGACAAUUGUUCUUAUAUAGCUGUGUAUUAGAUUGAUUAAAUAAAUGAUUAAA